AUGAUCGGCAGCGUAGGAGGUCGACACAUGUCGACCCGCCGCCGCGGCUCGUCACCGAUGGUGCGGCUCGGCAACAACCUCAACCUGCAGCUGGAGCCUCCGGAUGGGUUGAACACACCGCGCGUUUCGCCACGGCGACGGCGAGCCGUGACGACAAGUGACCAUAAAAGCUGUGCAUUAAUUCAAACAAGACUGAAACUAGGAGACAUCAUGUUAGAAGCGGCUCAAAAGGCGGCGCUCGAGCGGACUUCGAACGGGGCUCAGUUCGGACGCAAAGGAGGCCACUAUUUAGCUGAUAGAAUGGGUGGCCCCAGCAGUCAGGGGGGUCAGCCUCUGCCCGGAGGCGGACCCACCUCGUUGUUUAUUCUAUCCGAGGACAACAUUAUUAGGAAAUACACCCGGUUCAUCAUCGAAUGGCCGCCCUUCGAGUACGCCGUGCUGCUGACAAUCAUUGCCAACUGUGUGGUAUUGGCUCUGGAGGAGCACUUACCUCAUGGGGACAAGACGAUACUUGCUCAGAAGCUGGAAAAAACGGAGGCAUAUUUUUUGGGCAUCUUUUGCGUCGAAGCAUCACUGAAGAUCCUCGCCUUAGGGUUUGUAAUGCACAAACACUCCUACCUCAGGAACAUAUGGAACAUAAUGGAUUUUUUCGUCGUAGUUACGGGAUUCAUCACAUUAUUCCCCCAAAAGGGACCGGAAGUAGAUCUGAGGACGCUGCGGGCGAUCCGUGUGUUAAGGCCCUUAAAAUUAGUAUCUGGAAUUCCUAGUUUACAAGUAGUCUUAAAGUCAAUCAUCAAAGCCAUGGCCCCGUUGCUGCAGAUCGGACUGUUGGUCCUGUUCGCAAUCGUUAUCUUCGCCAUCAUCGGCCUAGAGUUCUACUCCGGGGCGCUGCACAGGAGCUGUUACAGCUUGGAAGACAUCACACAAAUAGUGAAGGAGGGCGAGUUCCCGACGCCGUGCAACGCGGACAACGACACGAUCGCACCGACCGGGGCGUACGUUUGUAACAGUAGCGACAGCACGUGCGUCGAGCAGUGGGAAGGACCCAACUUCGGCAUUACCAGCUUCGAUAACAUCGGGUUCGCCAUGCUGACCGUGUUCCAGUGCAUCACCAUGGAGGGCUGGACGGCCAUUUUGUACUGGACCAACGAUGCCCUCGGUUCCACGUUUAAUUGGAUCUACUUCGUGCCACUCAUCGUGCUGGGGUCCUUUUUCAUGCUGAACCUAGUGCUCGGUGUGCUCAGCGGAGAGUUCUCCAACGAGAGAGGGCGCGUCGAGCGGCAGGCCCAGUUCCACAAGUGCCGCUCGAGGCAAAUGUUUAUCGAAGCCAUGACAUCCUACCUCGACUGGAUUACCCAAGCAGAGGAAGUAAUCCUGGCCGAGGAGCGCACCACCGAGGAGGAGCGGCUGCACAUCAUGGAAGCCCGGAGACGUGCCGCGGCCAAGCGGAAGAAGCUUAAGAACCUGGGCAAAUCCAAAUCAACCGACACCGAGGAGGACGAUCCGGACGAAGACUGUGGCGAUGACGGCUAUCUGAAGGCGAAAGUGAAAACACAGGGCAAGUGCAAGGGCUUCUGGCGGGCGGAGAAGCGAUUCCGGUUCUGGAUCCGGCACACGGUCAAGACGCAGUGGUUCUAUUGGUUCGUCAUCGUGCUGGUGUUCUUCAACACCGUGUGCGUGGCCGUCGAGCACUACGGUCAGCCGAACUGGUUGACGCAAUUUUUGUAUUAUGCUGAGUACGUGUUCCUCGGUCUGUUCAUGAUGGAGAUGUGGAUCAAAAUGUAUGCACUCGGGCCCCGCAUUUACUUCGAGUCGUCGUUCAAUCGGUUCGACUGCGUCGUCAUCAGCGGGUCCAUCUUCGAGGUGGUGUGGUCCGAGGUGAAGGGCGGAUCGUUCGGGUUGUCCGUGCUAAGAGCUUUAAGGUUGCUGCGGAUAUUCAAGGUCACCAAAUACUGGUCCUCGCUGCGUAACCUCGUGAUAUCGCUUCUCAACUCCAUGAGAUCCAUCAUCUCACUGUUGUUCCUACUGUUCCUGUUCAUUCUGAUCUUCGCGCUGCUCGGCAUGCAGCUGUUCGGCGGCCAGUUCAACCUGCCGGACGGUACGCCGCCGACCAACUUCAACACGUUCCCGAUCGCGCUGCUGACCGUGUUUCAGAUCCUGACCGGCGAGGACUGGAACGAGGUGAUGUACCAGGGCAUCGAGUCGCAGGGCGGCCACAAGAAGGGCAUGAUCUACUCGCUCUACUUCAUCAUUCUCGUCCUGUUCGGCAACUACACCCUGCUGAACGUGUUCUUGGCUAUCGCCGUGGACAAUUUGGCCAACGCCCAAGAGCUGACCGCCGCCGAAGAGGAGCAGCUGGAGGAGAACAAGGAGAAGCAGCAGAUGGAGCUGGACAAGGAGAUGGAGGCGCUGCAUAUGCAGAACGAUGGGUCACCGCCGCGCGUCGAAGUGUCCUCGCCGUCGCCGACGCGCGGCAACGGUAGUGGCGGCGACACCAAGU